UUCCACGUCGCCACGGUUUGCAAUGGAGGGUGUGCUCUACAAAUGGACCAACUACUACAACGGCUGGCAGCCGCGCUGGUUCGUGCUGGACGGCGGCGUGCUCUCCUACUACGACCACAAGGAGGACGUGCGCAAGGGCAGCAAGGGCAGCCUGAAGAUGGCCGUGUGCGAGAUCCAAGUGUGCCCGAGCGAUGACUCCCGCCUGGAGCUGGUGAUCCCCGGCGAGCAGCACUUCUACUUGCGCACGACUAGCGCCGCGGAGAGGCAGGGCUGGGUGGUGGCGCUCGGCUCCGCCAAGGCCUGCCUCACCGACAGCCGCACGCGCAAAGAGAAAGAAAUCAUGGAGGCGAGCGACUCGCUGUGCUCCAAGAUGUCCGAGAUGCGUCUCUACUAUGACCUCAUGACGCAGCAGGUGUCGCUCAUCCGCCAGGGCAUCCAGGAGCCACGGCCCGACGUGCAGAGGAUGAGCGAGGCGUCGUCCCUGCUGAGCGCCACCUGCGACACGUUCGUGCGCGCCUUGGAGGAGUGCGUCCACACCGCGGCCAGCAGCGUGCGGCCCUCCACGCAGCAGCAGCAGCAGCAGCAGCAGCUGGCCCCGCCAGCCGUGAUGUCGCCCACACCACGCAGCCCGCAGCGUCCAGCCAGGGUCAAGAGUCAAGGUCGCACAUCGCACACGGAGAGCACCACGAGGUCCCUACCGAGACCGCCCCCGUCCUCCCGCAAGCGCGAGCCCAACAACAACAGCAACAAGAGCGGCAGAACCUCCUCGUCCUCCUCCUCGUCACGGCGGAGGCUGGCCAUGGCGUCAACGCGAGUUGGGGCGAUCGUGGAGGAGGUGGAGGAGGAGGCGGCGGCGGUGGAGGCCCCUGCAGCCGAGGGAGCGUCCCGGCCAGAGCCGACGGCCGCAGCAGCGCCCCGUGAACACGCAUCUCAGGAGGCCGCGGCGAGUGGAGAGUCACGUGACGCAGACACGCCGCAGCAGGGCGCGUCACAUGACGCGUCACAUGACGCAGACACGCCGCAACAGGCCGUGUCACGUGACGCAGACAUGCCGCAGCAGGCCGCGUCACGUGACGGGUCACAUGACGCAGACACGCCGCAGCAGGCCGCGUCACAUGACGCGUCACAUGACGCAGACACACCGCAGCAGGCUACGUCACGUGACGCAGACACGCCGCAGCAGGCCACGUCACAUGACGCGUCACGUGACGCAGACACGCCGCAACAGGCCGCGUCACAUGACGCAGACACGCCGCAGCAGGCCGCGUCACAUGACGCAGACACGCCAAACCAGACCACCACGCCACUUGAAGUGAUCGCGGGGAGCGACGUGUGUCCGAGGUUCGAGACUUCGGACGUCGCCACACAGGAGUCGAGGAGACCCGCAGAACACCGACGGGACGGGGAAGACUCCACGGUCGACGGUGAUGAUCCUAAUGCCGCUGCUGCCGAUGAUGCCGAUGAUGCCGAUAGUAUCAACGACGGUCAUUUUGAUGAUGCUGAUGAUGGUAACGAUGCUGACGAUGGCGACGUGGGCACUGCUGGGCGUGGGGAGGAGGGCGGUGCGGGAGAGAACUCGGAUGCCGGACACGUGGCCGAUCGGGGAUUCCAUCCGGAGACACUGGGCGAGGGUGAGGACUGUUGGGGCGAGGGUGAGGACCCUGGGGUUGAGGGUGAGGACGCUGGUGGUGAGGGUGAGGACGGCGGGGGUGAGGACUCUGGGGGUGAGACGGUGGAGACCUUCUUCGGUGUCAUGGCACAGAGGUUCAGCGACGCGGAGCUGCAGGACGAGCAAGGGAUCCACGUGGAGCCGUUCCUGAGGGCGUGCGCCUCCAUCGUCCCCGUGCUCGACAAGCUGGGCCCCACGGCGUUCGCUCCGGUCAAGCUCGACUUCGUGGGCAACAUCCGGAAAAUCACGCAGAAGUACGAGACGGACCGGGCGGCCUUCCCCACGCUGCAGAGCAUCGUGGGCCACGAGCUGAGCAGCGGCACCGCCCUGGUGCGCAACUCCACCACCGAGGCGCUGCUCUGGCUCAGGCGGGGCCUCAAGUUCCUUCUGGAGCUGCUGACCGAGGUGCGGGAGGGCCAGGCCAACCUGCACGUGGCACUCAGCAAUGCGUACGGGCGGACUCUGAGGCGCUACCACGGCUGGGUGGUGCGGGGGGGUGUUCGCGCUGGCGCUGCGUGCGGCCCCGGCGCUGGACGGGUUCCUGGCGGCGCUGACGGCGCGUGAGGGCGACCCCACGGGGCCCGAGUUCCGCGCGCAGCUGAACCGCGACCUGGACACGUACCUGGGCGCCAUGCGGGCCCAGCUCGGGGCGCUCGACCACCUCUACGAGCAGAACCAGCUGGAGUCGGACCGCGUCGUGUGAGCGCCGUCGACAGCGCUGUCAGCUUAGACACAGCGCCUCCCACCUGGACCCCUGCUUCGACAGCGCCCGACAAUAUUACCAUCGGCGCAGGAUAAUAUCACAAUCGGAUCCGGAUACUCUCACGAUCAUACCCGGAUAAUCUCACGAUCAGACACAGAUAAUCUCACGAUCAGACACAGAUAAUCUCACGAUCAGACACAGAUAAUCUCACGAUCAGCAUCGGAUAAUCUCACGAUCAGACACAGAUAAUCUCACGAUCAGACACAGAUAAUCUCACGAUCAGACACAGAUAAUCUCACGAUCAGACACAGAUAAUCUCACGAUCAGACACAGAUAAUCUCACGAUCAGACCCAGAUAAUCUCACGAUCAGACACAGAUAAUCUCACGAUCAGACACAGAUAAUCUCACGAUCAGACACAGAUAAUCUCACGAUCAGACACAGAUAAUCUCACGAUCAGACCCAGAUAAUCUCACGAUCAGACACAGAUAAUCUCACGAUCAGACACAGAUAAUCUCACGAUCAGACACAGAUAAUCUCACGAUCAGACACAGAUAAUCUCACGAUCAGACACAGAUAAUCUCACGAUCAGACACAGAUAAUCUCACGAUCAGACACAGAUAAUCUCACGAUCAGACACAGAUAAUCUCACGGUCAGACACAGAUAAUCUCACGAUCAGACACAGAUAAUCUCACGAUCAAACACAGAUAAUCUCACGAUCAGACACAGAUAAUCUCACGAUCAGACACAGAUAAUCUCACGAUCAGACACAGAUAAUCUCACGAUCAGACACAGAUAAUCUCACGAUCAAACACAGAUAAUCUCACGAUCAGACACAGAUAAUCUCACGAUCAGACACAGAUAAUCUCACGAUCAAACACAGAUAAUCUCACGAUCAAACACAGAUAAUCUCACGAUCAGACACAGAUAAUCUCACGAUCAGACAGAUAAUCUCACGAUCAAACACAGAUAAUCUCACGAUCAAACACAGAUAAUCUCACGAUCAAACACAGAUAAUCUCACGAUCAAACACAGAUAAUCUCACGAUCAGACACAGAUAAUCUCACGAUCAAACACAGAUAAUCUCACGAUCAAACACAGAUAAUCUCACGAUCAGACACAGAUAAUCUCACGAUCAGCAUCGGAUAAUCUCACGAUCGGCGCCAGCUAAUGUCACGAUCGGCACCGGCUGAUCACACGAUCAGCAAGGACCCAAUUGACCAUCAGCGCCGAAUAUUUUGUUUUUGCGCAAUCGGCACCAGUGGUGUAACCAGUGGUGUAACCAGUGGUGUCACGCUUUGGGCGCCUUCACGAGCGCCAUCGCCUCCCGCCGACCAUUGGCGGCGGCAAUAUUUAUUUAUAUAUCUUGGCUCGGUUACUGAACGCAGCCACCAACUAGGCCCUAAGGGCAAGCGGCCAGCAACAAACGGCACCGUUCAAUCUCCGGUGGGCAGCGCUGCCCCAACUUGGCAACCAACGUCAUUGUAGUGCCCCUGUGACGUCAUUGUAGUGCCCCUGUGACGGCAUUGUAGUGCCCCUGUGACGUCAUUGUAGUGCCCCUGUGACGUCAUUGUAGUGCCCCUAUGACGUCACUGUUGCGCCCCUGUGACGUCACUGUUGCGUCACACCAGGGUCGCAAACGGCUACCCGUACCCGGCCGGGUAUGGGUAUCGGGUAGGGUACGGGUAUCGGGUACCCGAUUGCGACCUCUGGUUAGCAGGGAUGGUGGGCGGAGCCA